UGCACUUUUUUUUUUCUCUUUGGAUUCAUUUGUGUUUCCUUUUUGUGGGUGUUCUCCACAGUCCACAUUGGGAUGCUUUUGGGUUUUAAUUAUUUCUUCUUUCUUUUGAAUUCUCUUUAUUAAUUAGUGUACUAUCAUCAAUGGAGAUUUCAGGCCCCAUAACUCCUAGCCAGGUUUCAUUACUUCUUGGACUUUUGCCUGUAAUUGUAGCAUGGCUUUAUUCUGAGCUGUUGGAACACCUAAACAACUCGAAUCCCCCGAAGAAUGGCGCCGAUUUUGGUUCUGAUUUCGUCGAAAACGAUGAGAAAAUUCACUUGUUAAAGGGAGGUCCUUCUUUAGCAUCGCCUUCGCAAGUUCGCAAAUCGUCGCCAAGCUUUCUCAGAUUUCUUUCAAUGGACAAGGAGUUUUUGUUAGAGAACCGCUCGACGCUAAGAUCCCUAUCAGAAUUUGGAGCUGUCACGGUGUUUUUUUACAUCUGCGACCGCACGAAUCUCUUCGGAGAGUCGACUAAGCACUACGACAGAGACCUUUUCCUCUUUCUCUACUUCCUUCUUAUUAUCGUCGCAGCGAUUACUUCUCUCAAGAAGCAUCAAGAAAACUCGCCAGUUUUAGAGAAGUCCGUGCGGUAUCUUAACAGGGAUCAGACCGAGGAAUGGAAGGGGUGGAUGCAGGUACUUUUUGUGAUGUACCACUAUUUUGCCGCGAAAGAAAUUUACAACGCGAUUCGAGUUUUCAUCGCCGCAUAUGUGUGGAUGACUGGAUUUGGGAACUUCUCCUACUACUACGUGCGCAAAGACUUCAGCUUUGCGCGGUUCGCUCAGAUGAUGUGGAGGCUCAAUUUCUUUGUCGCGUUUUGCUGCAUUGCUCUCGACAACCAUUACAUGUUGUACUACAUCUGCCCAAUGCACACCUUCUUCACUCUAUUGGUGUAUUGCGCGCUUGGCCUCUUUAACAAGUACAAUAAACAUGGCUCGGUCAUUGCGGUUAAAAUUGUUGCUUGCUUUGCGGUCAUUGUUAUUGUGUGGGAAGUCCCUAGUGUCUUCGACUUCGUGUGGAGCCCAUUCGCUUUCCUUCUAGCUUAUAAUGAUCCGGACGUAAGCGAACCAUAUCCUCCCAUGCAUGAAUGGCAUUUCCGGUCGGGGCUCGAUCGGUAUAUAUGGAUCGUGGGAAUGAUUUAUGCCUAUUAUCAUCCGACGGUCGAGAGGUGGAUGGAGAAACUGGAAAAAACCAGAGUUUCGCUUCAAAUACUGAUCAAAUCAUCCAUUGCCACAAUUUGCCUACUGGUUGGUUACGUGUGGUACGAGUAUCUGUUCAAGCUCGAAAAGCAUACGUACAACGUAUAUCACCCCUAUACGUCAUGGAUUCCGAUCACUGUGUACAUUGUUCUGAGGAACAUAACUCAGCGAUUCCGAAACUAUACUCUCGCGCUCUUUGGGUGGCUUGGAAAGAUUACGCUGGAGACUUACAUAUCGCAGUACCACAUCUGGAUGAGAACAGGCGGGCCGGACAAACAACCGCGAAAGGAUCUGUCUCUCAUCCCCAACUAUCCAAUGCUCAACUUCUUGCUCACCACUGCCAUAUAUAUCACGGUUGCUCAUAGAGUCUUUGGAUUGACAAACAAACUCAAGAUGGUUUUCAUACCGAGCGGAGACGACAAGCGCUUGAUGUAUAACAUCGUCGUAGCAGCGAUCGUCUCCGUUACACUCUACGCCCUUUCUUUGGUGUUGCUUAACCUUCCAAAGAUGCUGUUAUGAAUGUUUGCAGAUUCUUCAGUAUAGUAGAACUGCUACUCCCUGAACUCCUACUCAAGUUUUAAAUUUAGCCCUCGAGCUUUUUAAGUUCGACAUUUAAGACGCCGAACUUUCAAACUUCUUUCGGUUUAGUCCUUUCGAGAAACAAUAUUGUCUGAGAUCGGAGACGAAGACGAAGACGAAGGAUAGGGACUAGAGCGAAAUGGUUUUCGAGAGUUUAGGGUUUCAAAUGCCGCACUCAAAAGCACGAGGGCCAAAAUGAAAGUUGGCCAAAAGUUUAGGGACUGUUGAUGCAAUUUACACUUUGCACAAGUAUACUAUAUUGGCUUAUAACAUAUUUAUGUUUUCUACGUGUAGUACUUUGAUGGAUUUUAUUAGCUUUACACUUUGUUACACAAAUUAAAUGUUUAGUAAAAUGUUUCAAUUAUCUGAUAAUAUGUUUUCUCAACUUUUA